UUUAUGAGCCGGGUGAGACGCUUUUCUCUGCUUGUCUCUCAACAGAGUGGAGGCAGAGGAGGGCAGAGGUCUGCGUGCUGGAUGGGGGCCACAGCCAGGCCUGAUGGCAGGAGCCCAGAACACAGUGAGCUCUAAUCACAUCCUCUAGAAGCCGCUGAGGUGUUACAGUUCACGUGGAGAUACUGAAAGGUUGUGUGCCCAUGAGGUCGUCCAUGCUGGUCCUGUUCCUCCUCUUCAGUGCCCAGGCUGUGGCCGCCAUCGGAGGAGCAGCACAGCAGCAGGCUCCAGGCAACAACCCCAGCUCCAUCCCCACAGUGGACCCCAAACUCUUCACCAAGCGCCGCUACCUCUCACCCCGGGUGCUCUUCAGCGCUCAGCCGCCUGAUGCAGAGCCGGCGGAGUCACAGGGUGGCAGCAAAAGGACCCGCAGACGAGCGGGGCAGUCUCAGCACCGUGGAGUUUACUCAGUGUGUGAGAGCAUCAGCGUCUGGGUGGGCAACAAGACCAAAGCCACGGACAUCUCAGGCAACGAGGUGACAGUGCUGCCGGACGUUAAUAUCAACAAUGUCAACAAGAAGCAGUACUUCUUUGAGACGACGUGUCACAGCGCCCGCUCGGGCAACUCUGGCUGUUUGGGGAUCGAUGCCAGACACUGGAACUCCUACUGCACCAACUCACACACUUUUGUACGAGCGCUGACUUCCUUUAAGAACCUGGUGGCGUGGAGGCUCAUACGCAUCAAUGUGGCCUGUGUGUGUGUGCUGAGCCGCAAGUCAUGGCGGCAGUGAAGACUUUCUACGCACAUCACAGGAUCACACACUCAAAUAAUACUGACAUACUCAUCACCAAAGACUUGUCACCCUCUGCACAAAGUAAAUUAUUGGUAUAUGUCAAAGUAUCAGGACUGCAUGUAUAAACACCAGGCCUGGGUCAAACAGUAUCCGUCUGUAGCUGUUGUUUGUACCUGUUCAGGUGUAACAGUCGUUAAAGGGGUUGUUGCUGUGUCACUUAUCACCUGACUGUCUUAGCUGUGGUUUGUAACAGCUUGCAGAGGUUUAAAACUUAGCUAUCAAACAUCUAAGAAUUAGUCUCAGAGGGAAACUCCACAGAGAGUCUGUUUUCAGCACGAUUGCAAAUGUGGAAAAAGCCUUUUGUGGCUCCAAAGGUAGCUGAUAAAUCGCCUCAAGUGAUGUCACUUGAGUCAGAGCUGAAGUCGACAAGUUUGAAAUGUAAAAAAAUAUGGAUGUAUGGAGAGAAAUGUGACCUCUGCAGCCCGUUCCUUAUCUCUAGUUGAGUUUAGCAGUUCAAGGCUGCAUAAGUGUUGCAUCGUAAUGUAGGCAACAGAUUUUGAUAAGGAAGAAGAAUAUAUGGCAUAAAAAAGAAGAUAUCUCUUUCUGCUGCAUCGACUUCAGUCCUUUUUUUUUGUAAUGUUAUUCUUUUAAGAAAGCCCUAAAAGCUAAUCUAGGGGACUUGCAGUUGUUCGCUGAGUGUGAGGAGUAGGACACAUUUACUAAGCUACCUACUCUAAUUCACAGCGAAGUAUAAGAGUAAACUUUAAGAGCAACUUUUAAGUGAUUGUGCGAAAUCCUUCAUAUCUGCAACAGCAAUUUCCCUGUGAAGUAACAACAAACUAAUAGGCAUAUUCCCCGAUCAGCCACAAUAAUAAAUCAGUGACAGGGGAAGUGAAAAACAUUGAUCUUUUCAUUACAAUGCAACAACCUGGCAGCCAUGUGGAUGCCACUUGACACGUCCAAACCACCAAAACCCUGUUGCAGACCAAGUUCAAUCCGUCAUGGCAACAGCAUUACCAAUAGCAGUGACCACCCCUGCAGGAAAAUGCGCCACGCCACUUGGCAAGAACUGCUCAGGAGCAAUGUGACAAGUAGCCUAAGACGUCACCCUGGCCUCCAAUUCCCCAGAUCCCAAUUCAAUUGAGGAUCCACGAGAUGUGCACAUACCCCAAGGAUCCUGUGUCAGAGCCACUUCCGAUCCACAGAGGGGCCUCUGACCUGUCGCGGCAUGGACACAGGAUCUCUGAGGUUGUCCUGAGGUGUCUGGCACCAAGGCGUUGGUAGGGGAUCCUUUCAGGCCUGUGGCCUACAACAUGGGGUACCAGCAUAUCCCACGGACGCUUGAUUGGAUUAGGAUCAGAGGAGCUGGAGGCCAGAAUGACGCCUUACACUCUAUUGCCCCUUUUACACUGCCAGAUUUUCCGCGAAUGUUGGGCCGUUUUGCCGGCAA